AUGCCGAAGUUCUUCUGCGACUACUGCGAUGUCUACCUCACCCACGACAGUAUGAGCGUGCGGAAGGCGCACAACAACGGUCGCAACCAUCUCCGCAACGUCCAAGCCUACUACGAGCAGAUAUCGAGCGACCAGACACAGCAAGUCAUCAAUAGUAUUACCGACGCGUACAACACAGAAGGCCAAGCCAACCCGCUGUUCCAACAGAACCUGGCUGGUGGCUUCCCUGGAGGACCUAUGGGCGGGAUGCCCCCAAUGGGAAUGCCACCGAUGGGUAUGCCUGGAUUCCCGCCACCAGGAAUGCCGCCCAUGGGUGGAAUGCCUCCAAACUUCAUGGGCCGCGGAGGUCCUCCAAUGCCACCCAACGGAAUGCCACCCUUCCCUCCGCCAAACGGUAUGCCACCGGGCCCUGGCGGUAUGCCGCCCUUCCCACCACCGCACAUGGGAGGCGGCCCACCCCAAGGAAUGCCGCCCUUCCCAUUCCCACCACCAGGACAGGCAGGCUCACCCCCUGGAGGAAUGCCUUACCCACCACCGGGUGGUAUGGGAAUGCCGCCUGGAGGACCUCCUGGCAGAUACCCUCCUGGACCACCGGGACGUUAG